GAUACUCAGACAUAAUUUCGACUACCGCCAACGACCACAAGAAUUUCCUCAAUUCUCACUCACCCACCCGUCAAGAUGUCUCAAUAUGUUUCCGCUGAUUUGAUCUGGGAGGUUACCCGAUCCCAGAACGCUUUCUUGGUCAAGCGCACAACUGGUGGUGGAAGCACCUUCUCCAGAGAUCCCUUGAACUUGACCAACAAGCACUCCAGAAAGUAUGCUGGUUUCGUCAACGACAAGGCCGUCGGUGUUGUCCCAUCUGAGAAGGGUGUUACUUUGAUCACCAAGAAGACCUCUGCCAGCCAAAAGCCAGCAUCCAGCUUGAACAAGACCACCUACAGCAAGUCCGGCAGAAAGACCUUCGCUGGUGUCGCAAAGACCGUCGCCCAAGGUGGAUACAGAUCUGACCUCCGUGCUGAAGCCGUCGCCCGUUCCUCCGCUAUCCUCGAAUCCCAAACCCCUAAGAAAGAUGCCCCAGCACCAAAGCUUAGAGGAUCCAAGGCCGCCAAGGCUGCUGAGAAGGAAGAGUAAAGGAUACCAAUUUGAUAUGGUUGGGGAUUGGGGGAAUUGAUUAUUGUUCAAUUGGUUGGGUCUAGUCUUGUUCCUCAGGUACUCUUAAUGAGUGGAGUGGUCUAUUUUAUGACAUUUGAGACAGACACACAAACUAGUUUUCAAUGAAUCGGUUACA